AGGCGGAAUGGACGUGUCCUCCGGUUCUCCCAGCUUCAUCCUCAGCCUUGCGGAGCCGCGGGAGAAGCCAGGGCCGACAUGACAGCACCGGGGCGGGAAAAGAAAGUCCGCCAGCAGCCGCGGGUAACCGCACGGCCGGAGGCGGUGUGGGCUGCUGGUCGCUACGCCGUGCUGGCCGCCCUGUGUGCCCUGUGCUACAGCAACUCUCUCCGCGGGGAGUUGGUACACGACGAUGUGUGGGCUAUCAUCAACAACCCGGACGUCCGACCGGGCUCCAGCCUUAGAAACAUCUUCAGCAACGACUUCUGGGGCAAGAGGAUGGCGGACAAUACGAGCCACAAGUCCUACAGACCGCUGUGCAUCCUCACCUUCAAGUUGAACAUCAUGUUGGGCGGCAUGACGCCUCUGUAUUUCCACAUCGUCAAUGUGUGUUUGCACUUCGCCGUAACCUGCCUGCUCAUGCACACAUGUGAACGCUGCGUGUUUGAAGACUCACGCCUGGCUUUCAUCACGGCACUCCUCUUUGCUGUGCACCCUGUCCACACUGAGGCCGUGUCUGGUAUCGUGGGCAGGGCUGACGUCUUGGCCUGUCUCCUGUUCUUGCUGACGUUCCUCUCCUAUAUUAGGAGUGUGGGUGUGUGUGUCUCUGAGGACUCUCUGCCUUCCACAAUCUCGGUGCGGUUUCUGGUUAUCAGUUUGUUGCUGGGCACGUGCGCCAUGCUGGUGAAGGAGACAGGCAUCACCGUGUUUGGAGUGUGUGUGCUUUACGACGCCCUGGUGCUCUGUCGCAAGCCUCUCAUCUAUCACCUGUCUGGCUCCAGACUCAGGGACCUCUUCUACAUCUGCAGCCCUUUCAUCAAACGAGCCUGCUUCAUCUCUGGCUAUGUGGUAAUCAUCAUGUCGGUCAGGCUGUGGCUGAUGGGAGGGUCCAUGCCACUCUUCUCUGAACAAGACAACCCCACCUCCUUCUCACCUCACCUGGUUACCAGGAUUUUGACCUACUCUUACCUGCUGUCAUUUAAUGCCUGGCUGCUGCUGGCCCCCAUCGUGCUGUGUUACGACUGGCAGGUGGGCAGCAUUCCCCUGGUGGAGUCGCUGGGUGAUGUACGCAAUGUGGCCACCUUGCUGCUGGCCGUUGUGAUGGUUUCUCUCUGCCUGCACUGCGUCUUCUCACUGCAGAGACAGGAGAGCAGGGAGGUGUUGGUGGGAAUGUUGUUUCUGGUGUUUCCCUUUAUUCCUGCCAGUAACCUCUUCUUCAGGGUUGGAUUUGUCGUGGCCGAGAGGGUUCUCUACAUGCCGAGUAUGGGUUACUGUAUCCUGGUGGCUCACGGCCUGGGUCGGCUGUGUUCUGUGGUGGGCCGCUGGGGGACCACAGUCCUCAGUGUAUCUAUGCUGCUGCUCCUCCUGCUCUUCUCCUGGAAGACUGUCCAGCAGAAUCAUGUCUGGCUCUCCAGGGAGGCCCUCUUCCGGUCUGGUAUCCAGACUCUGCCUCACAAUGCCAAAGUCCACUACAACUACGCCAAUUUCCUGAAAGACAGUGGUCGGCACCUGGAGGCCAUUCACCACUACACCACUGCCCUCAGGUUAUAUCCCCGUCAUGCCAGCGCCAUGAACAAUCUCGGCACUCUGACACGCAGCCCAGAGGAGGCUGAGCGCUACUACAGGAAAGCACUGGACACCAACCCUCAGCAUAACCGAGCUCUCUUCAACCUGGGAAACCUCCUCAAGUCCCAGGGGAAUGAGAAAGAGGCUGAGGCUCUGCUGAAGGACUCCAUACGCUUCGGUCCACAUUUUGCUGAUGCUUACUCCAGUCUGGCAUCACUCUAUGCUGAACAGAAACGCUUUCCUGAAGCCAACGAAGUGUACCUGAAAGGCAUAGAGAACUGUCCAGACAGCUCUGACCUGCAUAAUAACUAUGGAGUGUUUCUGGUAGACACAGGAGAGGGGGAGCUGGCAGCAGCUCACUACCAGCAAGCAGUACGACUCAAACCAGCACACUAUGUUGCCAUGGUGAACCUGGGCCGCCUGCUCCGAUCAUCCAAUGAGAACAAAGAGGCAGAGUCUUGGUACAAGAGGGCGCUGCAGGUGACGAGGAAGGUGGACAUCCUGACACCGCUUGGAGCAUUGUACUACAACACAGGCCGCUACGAGGAGGCCCUGCAGGUGUACAGAGAGGCCGCCGCCCUGCAGCCAGACAGCACCGACAUCUGGCUGGCUCUGGCUCAGGUUUUAGCCAUGGCCGGUCGUACCAAAGAGGCAGAGAAGAUGACCUUGGACAUCAUAUCCAGAGAAGGCAGCUGUAUUGAAUGUUACCGCCUCCUGUCUGCCAUCUACAGCAAGCGUGGCAACUUUACAGAGGCCCUGGAUGCUCUGGACAGAGCCCUGCAGCAGAAUCCCAGUGAUAUAACAGUGAGAGCAGAGCUUUAUUUCUCCAAAGGCAACCAGCUCAGAGAGAUGAACCAGCUGGACCGAGCCUUUGAGAGCUACAAGCUGGCUGUUGAACUCAAGCCUGACCAGUCCCAGGCCUGGAUGAACAUGGGAGGGAUUCAACACAUUAAGGGAGACUAUGCAGCAGCCAGGAUGUACUACCAGAGAGCCCUGCUUCUGAGCCCUGGUUCCAAACUUCUGAAGGAAAACCUGGCCAAGCUGGACCGACUAGAGAGGAGACUGACAGGGGGGGCCUAGACCACCAUGGUCCCACAGAUGCUGCCUCAUCCUAGGCAUGGAUCAUGGGAGGAGGACACUGCCCAGCCCUCUGGAGCCCAAACACCAGCCACCAGGAUGCUGGAUAAAACAGACCUGGUUACGAAGACAACCUGCCUGUGUGCGGGUAGAGGAGGACUGUGAACUUGUCAGGACUGCAGGAUGCUCCGUGUACUGGAGUCAAGGACACUGGUUGAGCCACAGUCCAGAAGCCUUUUCUAGGGCAAACAGAAAGGAAUGGCUAGUUGAAGACCUCUAUGGGAGCUCCAUGAAUUGCCCUGUCUGCACCAGCUUUACUUGAACAUACAUAUCUGCUUUAGACAUUUGUGUUUGAUUGAUUUAUUAUUUAGGUUUACAGAAAGUCAUUUCCUUUGUGGCACUUAAUCACACAUUAUAAUUAAGUCCUCUGCUCUGCCUAUGAGAAUUAUUCAUGUAUUUACAUUAGUGCUGUGAAUGUGUGUGCAAAAUUUUAUCAUGAGGGGAAUGAGCAUUGAAGUUCAUUCUUCACCUCUGGGAAUAGUAUGUGUAACAAAAUAUUCUAAGCUCAAAGGUACCCUUACUGGCUUUUCAGAGCUUUAAGCCACAAGGUCAAGGUCUUCUUCAAUGGCCCUGUCUCACUUGGCUCAGGUAUCGUCAUAUGAGUUGAGAAGGGAACAUCAGUCACAUGAUGUUCACUGACAAGUUGUCAGUCAGCGUCACAUGGAAAGGGGUCAAAGUCAUCCACCAGGAGUCAGUGGAUGGCUGAAGAAAGACUAAGGAGGAUAUUCACAGCUGACACCAGAGACCAGAGCUGGGAUAAAGUCUUAAUUUUGCCUACUGAUUUCUAAAAGCAGGACUUAAUGCUCUGAAGUGUGAAAUUCUUUUUCUUCUUUGGUAACAUUUUUGUGAAUGAAACUUGCCCACAAAUGGGGCAGAAAAGGUAGCGUUAUGUAGCAAUUAAGGAAUGUCGAUUAGGCUAAUGAUCAAAUUUCACAAAUAUGCACAUCCUCACGAACAGUGGCAUUCAUGAAGUGAAAAUGAGCGAUUUAAAAGAAGUUUGUGCUUAAGGGAUUUUGGUGGGUCUGACUUGGAAAACUUGGAAGACUCGUACAAAUAUUUAUGAAGAAAAAAAUAAAAAAGGUUUAAAAUAAGUGUAGGAAAGUGUUCCUACACGAGGCCUAUUGUUUUGCAAAUCACAAGUAAACGGACGUGACACAGCUUGUUCCACUGUACAACACUUGCCACUUCCACUUGCAAUUGUAGAGUGUCACAUUUUUACCUCACAAACAAUCUUUGGCUGAUUACAGACAAAAAGGGCACAUUAACCUAACAAUUGCCAGGAGUUGACUUUUGGCUUUUUGACAAGUAACGUAGGACAUAUUAGCUGAUUUUUAACUUUGGGGCUUGGGGAGGAUAUCCAUCCAUUCUAAGUCAAAAGACUAAAGUCCAGGUGAUUUCAAAGCUGAGUUGCAAGUCUUUUAAUUUUGUCUAAUUUUGUCAGGCCUAGUCAAUUCACAAUCUUUACAGCAUACGACACCCACUACCCUUAGCACUGAAGGGAAAAAUAUGGAAGAAACCUCAGGUAGGGCAACAGGAGUGUUAUGUGUACAGAAUAGAUCAACAUAGCAAAAUUGCAAUAUGGAUAAUUAUGAUGAGAAAAUCAUAGAAUUUAUCAGAUUCGUGACUCCAAGUCAUGUGAUUCAAGCUCACACCUCUGCCAAAGACCAUCUUUGAACCAAGACAGGGGUUACAGACUCCCACUAUAUAGGACCAGAGUUCCAUACUUAGGCCACAUAAAAUCUGAGCCAGCUCCACUUGCUUAAGAACACUGUGAGAUAUAGGUGAAAGCUCAGACAACCAAGUAAGUGGACCUUUGAGAUUAGAUCGUGUUACACAUGAAGGGAAUGGCUUGACACAAGAUUAAUUUUGAGGCCACUCUCUGUUGGAGUACAUCAGUGAUUAUAAGAAAAGGCUAAAUCUGUAUAGCUCUCGGAUUAUAUGAAUUCUUAGAAAUUAUUCAUAACAACUGCUUUCUCCUUAGACAUAAACUAUUCCAUGUGCAUCUGACCUCCAUUUCCAGAACUAGCUACACAGCAUACGACCUGAUGUCACAAGCCUUCUGCAAGUAUAAUAAGCUAGUGUGUGUCUGAGGAGUUGAAACUUGUGGCUUCAUGCAUACCUUAACCUCUGAAAAUAGCUAUAUGGUUGCUUGUUGUGGUUUUGUUGACAUUGAUGUUGAUUGUGAAUGAGUUUUGAAGUGAAAUGACAGUGGGAUGAAAAUGAAGUGACUAGUGCAAUGACUGAC